AUGACGAGCCAGUUACCAUUCGACCUUCUCUGUGAGGUUGCGAGCCAUCUUCAAGGAGAUAAUGACACGUUAUUCAACUGCGCCCUUGUGUCCCGACAAUGGCAGUGUGCCUUCGAGCGGAUCCUUUACCAGAGUAUCUACAUCAUGACCGGCCACCGGCCACCUCGAAGCGGCCACUUUUUGCGGGCUUUUCUUUCUCUCGCUUCCCGUCCGGGUGGCAGAGUUCGAAAAGCCAUAACCCGUGAGGUCAGCUUAUUCGCGAAAUGUCCUGAGUUAAACGACGCCGACGACCUGGAUGAACCAGACGAUACGACUAACGAAGAAUUGGAGUCUCCAUGGGACAUGACGUCGGAAAUUAUCAAGAAGUUACUCAAGCGUCUGAAGAGCCCAGCCGAUAUCCGUGUCGGCCUCGCUAUAAUGCAAUGCACCCCAUGUGUUGACCCGAACACGGUGAUAGAAGCCAUGUCCCUGCGCGAAAAAACCACGGCUGAUGGGGCAAAACUGCCGAAUCUCGCAUCCAUUAACAGUCUUUUAAUCGUGGACCAAAUGCCAAUUGAACCUCGGAAUCUCCGCGUACCUGAGCAUAUCAUCCUUCGAGUUAUUCAGGCAUGCACAGCCCUGGCCAGUCUGGGUCAUUUAGCUCCAGAACAUAUGUCAAAGAAGGUGGAAUGGGCGUACUCGGCGAAGGCGUAA